AUGUCCGGGCGUCUGGAGCUAUGUAUGCGUCUGGAGCUAUGUAUGCGUAUGUAUGCAGAUGGCGUGGCAGCCGACAAGGAGGUCGGCAGGGGAGGGAGGCUAGAAAGUUGGGGGUGGAGGGGAGCAGCAGCAACAGCAGAAAAAAAUGCCGACACCCCGGAGCCAGACGCUAAGGUAAGUAAGGACCUGAUGCAGAUGGGUACAGGUACAAACGAGGGGAGGGUGUGCAGACACGCUGAUGACGGCGCUCAUAAGUUAUUGUCCUCGCAAUCGAAGCCAAAGGGACGGCAUCCCUACUCGGCACCGGUGAAGCAACCGUGGCAGCCCAGUGGGACCGGCGUCUGUUCGAGGGGGGUGUGGACACGCAGUUCGCGUGAGGCCCGCCGUGUUCGUUGGGCCGGCUUGGUGGUUCGGUUUGGUUCGGUCUGGCGAGGCAGUGCUGCCCCUCUCACAUCACGCACGGUAAGGAAGACGGUGAUCACGUCAAACCCAUGGCAUCAGAAACGGGGCGACAGCGGCCUCGGAUCCGAUCUCCUCUGCGUCGGCGGCUGUGUGCCGUCCCAGGAGGCGGCGUGUUGUCGUUUGAACUGCGCCCUCGGCUUGGUUUGA